GCACAGGGGCGCCUUUUACGACGCGGCAGACGCGGCGCUCUUGGAGACCGGAGCCGAGUCGGGCUAGCGCGACACUAGAGGCGGUGGGGCUGAGAGGACGCGCGGGCGGCGCCGUCGCCAUGUCGCACGGCCACAGUCACGGCGGGGGGGGGGGGGGGCCCGAGGGGGAGGACCCGCCGGAGCCGCGCGGCCUGGCCUACGGCCUGUACCUGCGCAUCGACCUGGAGCGGCUGCAGUGCCUGAACGAGAGCCGCGAGGGCAGCGGCCGCGGCGUCUUCAAGCCGUGGGAGGAGCGGACCGACCGCUCCAAGUUUGUUGAAAGUGAUGCAGAUGAAGAACUUCUGUUUAAUAUUCCAUUUACUGGCAAUGUCAAGCUCAAAGGCAUCAUUAUAAUGGGAGAGGAUGAUGACUCCCACCCCUCCGAGAUGAGACUGUACAAGAACAUUCCACAGAUGUCCUUUGAUGACACAGAAAGAGAGCCAGAUCAGACCUUUAGUCUGAACCGGGACGUUACAGGAGAAUUAGAGUAUGCCACAAAAAUUUCUCGUUUUUCAAAUGUCUAUCAUCUCUCAAUUCAUAUUUCAAAAAACUUUGGAGCAGAUACCACAAAGGUCUUUUAUAUUGGCCUGAGAGGAGAAUGGACUGAGCUUCGCCGACAUGAGGUGACCAUCUGCAAUUAUGAAGCAUCGGCCAGUCCAGCAGACCACAGGGUGCAUCAGGUCACCCCACAGACACACUUUAUUUCCUAAGGGCUGGCCAAGGCUCCCAAAGAGGCGCUGUGUCAGUGAAGAUGUACGACUGCCUAUAGGGAGAGACAGAGAUGAGGCUCCAGAGAGGUGGCUGCCACAGCCUCUGCUGAGCUUUGUCUUUGGGGCUAACUGCAGCAGCCUGACCUGCAGAAGACGUCACGCCACUGGGAGUCCUGUGUGUGUGCUAAGGCAGUCAUAGUUGUCUAGGGCUCUGCAGAAGUUGGGUCUUGGUCUGGGUGGUAUUUUGCAGUCAUGGAUCAUGAUGCCCGCUUUUCCAGUUGAUGCGGCCAUGGCAUCCCAAGUGUAUUCAUUGCUUUGUGGCAGGAUUUUUGCGUGACUUGUAUUUUAAAAUGUGGAAACUAUUCCUGAGCUGUUGGGAAUUUUCUAGAGCUUCAGGGUUCUGUGUGUUAGCCAUCGGGAGGAUCUCCAACUAGAACCACUUGACCCUCCUUGCACUUUUUCCCUGUCUGUGUUCAGCGUUCUUGUCGAGUCCAGCUUGGAGUUACCUGUCACACAUGAGCGUCCCAUGGAAAUAGCUAGAAAGGCAGGAGUCUCCUGAUGAUGCGUGACAGCUUGGGGGAGGAGGUCUUUCCCACUGCCCAGCUAAGCAAUCUGGGGAAAGCAUGGGAAUCAUUUCUGUGUUUGUGGGUAACCUCGUGGGGGUAAGAUUGAGAUUUAGUUAAGAGCCCCCUUGGAACCUCUGUAAUGUUUAUUAGCUUCUAACUAGUGUUGUAAACCCGGUGCCAGAACUUGGAGAUCUCUGAGUUCUUCUGUUCACGGCUUUUAUUCACUGUGACUGAUCAGCUUCCUAAUAAAUCCUUGCCAGACUAACA